UUAUAUGAAGAUUGAAGAUCAACUCGUUGCUUACAAAGAAAAAAGAGGAUUAUUUGGAUAUAGAGGUUCUUUAUCGACAUAUCUGACACGUCCACCGGUUACAUGGUGGGGUGAAUAUGGAGACGAUGCUCCAGAGCUCAAGUCCUUUGCAAUAAAGGUUUUGGGUCUUACAUGUUCUGCUUCGGCUUGUGAACGUAAUUGGAGUACGUUCAAUCAAGUCCAUACCAAGAGACGCAACCGGUUAAACACCGAAAGAAUGAACAACUUGGUUUACAUCAUGUACAAUAAAAAGUUGAAGCAAAAGUUCAUUAAGAGGACUAAAUUAAAAGAAGAUGACCCCUUAGUUGUUGAUCAUGUAUUGUCGGAUGAUGAGUGGAUAGCCGCCCCAAGUGAUGGUGAGGAAGAUGACAUUGGAGGUGGCGGGAUAUUAGGGGAGGAAGAUGGUGGGGUAAUUGGAAGUGCUAGAGCUGGCAGGGCUAUUGGAAGACCUAUAGGUGGCGGGACAAUUGGGGAAGGGAGUGGAACUAGGAAAAGGAAAAAUGUUCAAGUGAAUUUGAUUGACGAGGAUGACGGGGAUGAAGUGAAUUUGAUUGACGAUGACGAGGGUGACCGGUUUGAAAAUGAUGCGAAUGAUGCUGAUUAUUUUAUUUGAACUUUUCACUAACUUGUGCUUUUUUGUGUGUGUUUCUUAAGUGCCUGUUGUUUUGGAGUUUUAGACUUUGAUGUUCUAGACUUAUUUUAUGUUUUUGAAUGUGUUUUUUUAUAAUUAAUGGAUUUGAUGGUGAAAUUAGCUUAAAAGGACAUGUUUAGUAUAUAUAUAUAUAUAUAUAUAUAUAUAUAUAU